ACAUACACGAGCCGUGUCGCUCUCGCUUAGACAAACUAAUCUUUUGAUCUUCUGAGGUCUCAGCGUCUUCCGUCUGAAGGUUCGUCGGGGUAAUGGAGGUUUUUAUGAAACUAUGCAAAAUCCUUUGUUUAAUGCUCACGUUGCCGCUGUGGAUACUGGAGCAGCUCGGCUUGUACGGUUUAUACAAACGGGUGUUUCCUUUCCUCGCCUACAACAUAACAUUUUCAUACAAUGACAAAAUGCACAAAGUGAAGCGAAACCUUUUCCGUAACAUCCACAACUUCACCAAUAAGGACCACACUCUACGACUGCUGGAGAUCGGCUGUGGGAGCGGGGCAAACUUCCCCUUCUAUCCGGGGGGCUGCACCGUGACCUGCACCGACCCCAACCCGCACUUUGAGCGGUACUUGAGGAGGAGCAUGGAGGCGAACACGCACCUGACAUACGAGGCGUUCUUAGUCAUGUCCGGUGAGGACAUGACGGGGGUCGCCGACCAGAGCAUGGACGUUGUGGUCUGCACGCUGGUCCUCUGCUCGGUCCGGGACGUCCGACGGGUCCUGGAGGAGACGCAACGCAUCCUCAGACCGGGCGGGGCCUUCUACUUCAUGGAGCACGUGGCCUCGGCCCGCGGGUCGUGGACCUUCUUCUUCCAGUACGCACUGCAGCCGGCCUGGUACUACCUGGGGGACGGCUGUGUGACCACCAGGGAGACGUGGAAGGACCUGGAGGCCGCCGGCUUCUCCUCGCUCCACCUCUCACACGUGGAGGCCCCGCAGGUCACCUACACCAUCAGGCCGCACGUCCUGGGCUGGGCCGUCAAGUGAGGACGGGUGGGUCAGGACCUUAACCUACUGGUUACGGUUACAGAUUGAGGAGCCACACCCGGCCUAUUUGACAGAAAAUAUAUUUUAUUUGCUUACAGGAUCGGAAAGUCAUCGUUUGCUUUUUUAACCUCACUGGAACAAAACACAAAAG